CCCAGCCUCCCUGUACUACUGACCAAUAGGAAGGGGGCAGGCGGGUUUUUUUACCCCCAUCAAGAUGUCAAAGAACACAUUUCUGAUGAUGUCUGCUUGUGGGUUUAAUCACGCAGCUGUGGGAAAGUGUGAGAGUGUGUAAAAGUGUGUUUAGAUGGCAUGCAGUAUACAGGUUAACAGUCUAAAUGUGUUCAGUGAAGCAGCUGGAUUUAAGCAACAAAAGCAAGACUACAGUAAACUAUAGAUCCGUGUACUGAUAGUGUGAUUGUGAGUGGUGGAGAGGGGAAAUUACUGGGACAGUGUUAGAUGAGCGGCAUGUCGCGGAGAAAACAGGCGAAGCCACAGUGUGUCCACAUGGAUCCUCCUCUACACCUAGAUAAUGCAGACUGCCACAUAAACAAUAACAUCUCACAGGCUUGUGAUGUCCAUGUGUGUGAGAAUUGCUGCGCUGAGUUUUUAGGCAUCUCAGAUCUCCAUGAGCAUCAAAUGGGUUGCUUUGAGAAUCCGCCAGUAUUAAUAGUGAAUGAAAAUGGAUGUUCGACCGCUCCGUCUUCAUCUUUCACGUUCAGUUCACCUACACACAGUGCGGAGGACCAAGCAAACAACAGCAUCAGUACUGAAGAUAAUGAAGGAUUAUACAACAAAUUUUUUGAAGAAAACAGAAAAUCACCUGUGACUGACAGCAACAGUGACAAUGCAGGUUAUUUAUCAGAUAAUGAAAACAAUAUAGAAAAGCAGAGUACAUGCAUUACCAGCUUAACAAUUCUGCCUCAAGCACACUCUUUACCUGAAUUGAGUAAAUUGUCCUCCACCAGCAACAAUGUCGUCAUUGAGAAUUUAGAAAGUACAAAAGUGGCGGUGGCUCAGUUCUCUCGGGAUGUUUGUUUGAAUGCAGUGAUUAACAGCAGUAGUCCUACCAAUUGCAACAUGACCAGUAUGAAUUUGAUUGAGCAACUUGUUGCUGUGCAGCGACAGCAGGUGCAGCAGCUGAAGCUCAUUGAGCAAAUACGACAGAACGUAUUACUGUUAUCAGCCCAUAAUACAGACACAUCUGCACCCUCCGGCACCUGCCAAGGUACAUCAGAGAUAUCUCAGACCGGCCCCCUAAUAACACUUAGCUCACACCUCUCCCAGCAGCUAGUGGAAGCUGCAGGGCUAGCACAAAGCCUUGUGAAUCAGUCUGCCAGCAUUAACAAAGUCAGACAACUUGAGAACGCAGUAUUAUACAGCAACGAUGAUACCCCACUCUUAAGUGUCACAGAUAUCACUCAAACGAUAGAAACAGACAAAAGCCAAAUUGUCAUAAAUCCAUCUAAAAAAACGUCUGACCAUGAUGACACAUUUUCUGAACAGCAGAGUCGAACAAGCCAUUUACUCUCCCAGGUUUCAACUGAUAGCUCACUCAAUUUAACAAAUUAUCUCAGUCUACCUCAGAGUCCAACUGGAAAUUACAUCUUUGGAAACUCAUUGCCAAGGAUUAAGGCAAUUGUGGAGGACUUGAAUGCCUUGACUGCUUUAGCUCAGCAAAGGACGGGCAAAAUGCCCAAUAUGACUUCAUUUGGACACAAAAGUGCUUUUGAUGAUGGUUUGUUUAAACACAAAUGCAGAUUUUGUGCCAAGGUAUUUGGAAGUGACAGUGCUUUACAGAUACAUCUACGAUCCCACACAGGAGAGAGACCAUACAAAUGUAACAUAUGUGGGAAUCGGUUUUCAACACGGGGAAACCUUAAAGUUCACUUUCAACGUCAUAAAGAAAAAUAUCCAAACAUAAAAAUGAAUCCUUAUCCAGUUCCAGAGCACUUAGACAAUGUUCCAACAAGUACUGGCAUCCCAUAUGGUAUGUCCAUGCUGCCAGAUAAGCGUGCAUCCAAGUGGUUAGACAGUAAACCAUCUGUGACCAGCCUACCUGGUUUGUUGUUAACUUCAUCUUUGCCAAGUCUUCCAAGCAUAAUUAAAAGAGAGGCACAAGUGUUAUCAGUUGGCAUACCCAAUAGUCCUGGCGCUAGUGCUUCAAAUGGGUUCGAGAUGUUUGAAAGCGAAAACAACAAUAAAGAGGAUUUCAGCAAUGAUCAUUAUACAAAUUUAAAUGGAAAAUAUCAAGAAAUAAAAUACCUGAGUUCAUCUGGACGUGGUUCAGAAGAACACAACACUAGUGGCAAUGCUUUUAACCCUACAAAUUCAUCAAUCCCACUGCAACUUGAGGAUAUCAAACCAAAAUAUCCAUUUGGGGGUUUACUAGAUUGUGUGGACACUUCAGAAACAACCAAGCUGCAGCAAUUGGUCGAGAAAAUAGAUAAGAAAACCACAGACUCCAAUGAGUGUAUGAUCUGUCAUCGUGUAUUAAGUUGUCAGAGUGCCCUUAAAAUGCACUACCGCACACAUACCGGCGAGAGACCAUUCAAGUGCAAGAUAUGUGGACGAGCUUUCACGACCAAAGGCAACCUUAAAACACACUACAGCAUUCAUUGUGCCAUGCUACCUUUGAAUGUGCAGCAUUCAUGCCCUAUUUGCCAAGAAAAGUAUACAAAUGCCAUGGUUUUACAAAAGCACAUACAUACGCACAUGGUUCAACAAAUAACUAGUGUUACACAACCAGAAAGUUGCCACGAAUCGGUAGAGCCUGAUACAUGCUCAGUAGAAGAGAAGAACAUAGAAGAGAACCUUUCAGAUGAAUACAUGGAUAUAGAAAACAGUUUUCCAGCCUCUAAAGAUGCAGCAUUUUCCCAGGACAGUCAAUGUUCAUUUAUUAUAUCAUCACAUGCUAUGACCUCUGAAGCAGAGAAAAAUAUGCAACAGAAGGAUUUACUAAAUGGCAAGUUAGAGAAUGUGUCAAUAGAGGAAGAUCAUUUGUCUCUCAAGUCAUACAAUGACCAUACUAACCAACAAUCUAACAGCCCUGCUUGUCCUGAAAUUGUGUAUUCUUUGAACUCUUUCUCUGAAAAGAUUUUACUGGACAAUAUUAGAAAAUAUACAGGCGAGACUUACCAGAAAACAUUAAAUUCAGAGCUAACUAGUACAGGACUGCCAAGUUUGAUAUUUAGUUCAACAUCUACUGAUACCCUAAAAGGAGGAAUGACCAUCAAGUUUCCUUCCGGUGAACAGGGAACCUCUAAGAACAAUGCAUGUGAUGUCUGCAACAAAACAUUUGCCUGUCAGAGUGCCUUGGACAUUCACUAUCGCAGUCACACCAAAGAGCGACCAUUCAGAUGCCAUGCAUGUAACAGGGGGUUUUCAACCAAAGGGAACCUAAAACAGCACAUGCUCACACACCAGUUGCACAAUCUACCUUUACAGUUAUCUGAACAAGCCAGCGAGAAUAUUGCUUCUUCACUAAAAUCACCACAUCCCUCUAUGAGACACUUAGUUUGCUCAAAAAUAAAGAUGGAAGACAACAACAUCUUAAAUAAAGAUUGCAAAGAUACAGUCUUGGGUAUGAUGACCUCCUCAGCACCCUCACUGACAGAUCUUUCAGUACCACCUGCUCCAUCCAGGAAAACCUUCAAGCAGCAUUUCUGCCGCACUUGUGGGAAAACGUUCUCUUCUUCUAGUGCUCUGCAAAUUCAUGAGAGAACUCACACUGGAGAGAAGCCUUUUGCAUGCACUCUUUGUGGACGUGCAUUCACUACCAAAGGAAAUCUGAAGGUUCACAUGGGAACCCAUAUGUGGAGCAAUUCUCCAGCACGUCGAGGUCGGAGGCUUUCUGUAGAAGAUCCUUUUACAGUCCUUAAAUCCAAUCCUGUGAAAAUCCCAGACACUCUCCCAAAAGAAACUAUCAGUAACGCAGAGUCUGUUGGCUUAUGGAACCAGUAUAUCACAGCACCUCUCACUACCGGCUUAGCAUUGAAAACCAAUGAGAUCUCUGUGAUACAGAAUGGAAGUAUACCACAAGUGUCCCAUUCUGAUGGUCGUGGAGGAAACUCACCUAUUGGUGGACUCACAGCAAGUCUAGAAAAAACACAUAAUAUAAAAACGAAAAAAGAUGUUUCUUCAAUCGAGAGGUUCGGUGACAAUGGGCCAUGUUUUCACAUUACACCAUUUAUUGAGGAAAGUAAAACUGAUUAAUUUUUCUUGAACCUUGCUCCUAAGAUUAAAACAUUCAUUACCUGAUUACUAUAGAUUUUUAGUUUUAGUUUUAGAAUACACAUUCAGAAUGUUUUUUUAUUUUUUUUACCAUUUACAUUGUCAUGAUUUUGCUUAUUUUCUUUGUAGGUAUUUUGCCCUUAUAUAUUCAAACACGGGUAUGGAUCAAUUAGCUGUAUUUUUUUUAUAUCGGUUUUAUACA